AUGGACUCUGACGCCGCCGUGGGACCCUCCAGGUCGGGUGAGUGGCAUGUCGUGGCGAAAAGCGACCAGCUGGCCCGGGAAAACGCGCGAGUGCAGGUCACCGCUGAUGGCCGAUACCUCGUCGUGGCUCGCUCGGGCGGCAGGCUCUACGCCUUCGAUGCGACGUGCUACCACAUGGGAGCGCCCUUACUGCACGGCGACAUAGAGGAUGUGGAUGGACACGGCGCGUGCAUCACUUGCCCGUGGCACCACUACCAGAUAUCCAUGUCCACCGGCGAGCGACUCUACCAGGACAUGUCGAGGAAGACGUGCACGCUUCCGAAAAAGCAGCGGGUGCACGAGGUGAUGGAGGCGGACGGCGAGGUGCGCGUGCGGCUGAGCGGGGGGGGUAAACCGCCGAGUCCGCCGCCCGACGUGAUCAGGCCCAAGCCGCACGAGGUCGACUACGAAUGGGAGAGCGAUAGGUACGCGUUCAAGCCGCCGCCCCCGUCGCAGGCUUCGCAGAAGGCGCCGAGGUCGGGCAAGGUGUUCAACCGCGGCGGCGGGAGGUUCCCCCCGGGCGCUUUCGGGCGGGGAUCCGCGGGUCUGCACCCGGGGCUCGUAGGCGCGGGCGUGGGGCGCGAAGUUGGGCGCAUGGUGGCUGACUCGAUGCGAGGCGGCGACGGAAAGGCGCCGUGGGCGAUGUCGCGCGGUUUCGCUCAACCGCCGCCAAAGGCAAAGCCCGCGCUCGCCGGCGAAGCACUCGCGGAGGGCGAGGAGCUCCCGGACGCCCCGGGCGACGGCUAA